UCCUCUUCCCCUCCUUAUUCUUCCCUUUGAAAUCCCAAUUUAGAACCCUUCUAACAAUACAAUUGAAUGUUUGUUAAAAAAAAAAAUACAAUUGAAUGAAUGAAUAAACGACAUUACUUUCUGAAUUAUUAUUUUAGGAUCUGGCUUUCAAUUCAAUUUGGGGUUUCUUCAAGAACAUAGCUUUCUGUUCGUUCAAUCAUUCAUUGAUCAAUGGACUUUCUAGGAUUUCCUUUUUUCAAGUCACCAACAGGAAAUGAAGGAUUUUAAGAAGAGGAACAAAAUUCAACUUCACACUUCUUGGGAAAAUGAAAAACGAGCUACACCGAACUCAACAAGUAUCCAGAUAAUUUUUAUGGAGUUCUAUUGGAAUAUCGAUCAACCAAAGUUAGAAAUCAAUGAAAACACAUGGAAGAAUUGUCUAAAACUUUGACAAUGAAGGUAGCGGACCUUGAAAUGUGGACUCGAAGAAAUAAAAGGAAAGUUUCGAGCUCUAACUUAUCAGAAUCAUAGAGAUGUUGCCUUUUAUUUUAUUUAACUCAUACUUGUUGUGCUUUGGAUUUCGUGGCACCAUUAAGAGUUUUGGAGAAUGUUAAAGAAGUGAUAGCAGUGUUGAAUUGACUUGCAGGCCUUAUAAUUAUUUUUACUGUUAAGCAGAACCAUAGGUAAGUUUAUGUAACCAAAUAUUAUUUUUCAUCUUGCUUGCUCCUAGAUGAGUUUAAGAGGCAAGAUUUCAGCACUCCUCCUCUCACCAUGUUUAUAUAGAUGGUUGAUCUUUGGUCUCUCAGAUUUUGUGAUCCUAAUCAAUGGUAAUGCUACACCUUGUGCAGGGAUAUUGAUUUGAUACUUGAAAAGAUGAGGUAGACAUACUCUACAAUUGGCCUCAAUCAAUUUAACCUGAUGCCUCAAGGUGUUGGCUAGCGUAGUGGCCGAUCAUUGGACUCUCUAAGAGCUCUCAGGUUAAAGAUGAUUGGAGUGGGGUAGGAGUAGCACUUUAUUGGAAGAGCAUACUCCGUCUUUCCAUGCUAAAGUUCUUAAAACGCCAAAAAAGGGAGUUGACGUGGAGCUUCUCUGCUUGUUAUGGGUUUAAGGUUGUAUUAGAUUUUCUUUGUUCAUUUCAUUCAAUGUAUUAGCCAUCAAAAACAGUAAGCAUUUAUUGACAGAUCUUCUUAGCAAAUCGAGAAAAUUGAAGUUUUAAAUGGAACAUCAAGUCACAAACCCUAUGCCUUCAUCUAUUCCGCCGCUUCUCUUAUUGCCCAGAUCUAUUUCUCUGAAUUAUACUCUCGUCUAUCAUGGAGUCUUACGAGUUCCAGUCAGCGGAACUGAGGACAUAUGAAGGUCCAGUAGCUGGUGUCAAAGUUUUGGUUGUGGAUGCUAACUCGGCAUGCCGAGCAAUUGUAUCAAAAAUGCUUCUUUCUAUUGGAUAUGAGGUUAUGACUGCUACACUAGCUUCCGAAGCAUUAUCCAUUAUCAGGGAUAAGAAGAAUGAGGUUAACCUUGUGCUUGUGGAGGCUCAGUUGCCAGACAUGGAAAUAUAUGAUCUCACAGAGAAAAUGAGAGAAAUCUCUGAUGUUCCAUCUUUCAUUAUAACUUCUUAUGAUGAUGACAUUCCUUCCAUAUCAAGAGCUCUAUCUACAGGAGCUAAAUUGUGUUAUAGAAAACCAGUUAAGUUUUCCGAUCUACAGGGCCUUUGGCGAUUUGCAGUGUGGAACAGAUAUGAACCAAUAUUCAUGGAAGAAGUACCUGGAUUUUGGUGGUAUUCGUCAGAGGUAACUAUGGCCAACAAUGGUCUCGAAUGCCGAUCGUCCAUGCAUAUAGGAGAGUCGUCUCUCCAUAAUGCAAAUUGUAAAGAACAAGAAUUUCUCGAUAAAGAUAACUCAGCUCUCUCGAAAAGGAAAAGGCGUACCUGGACUGAUGAUUUACAUAGGAAGUUCUUGGAAGCUGUUGAAAUAGCAGGAAUCAAUGCUCGUCCGAAGAAAAUAUUCCAGCUUAUGGAUGUGGAAGGACUUACAAAAGAGAGCGUUUCGAACUAUUUACAGAAAUAUCGUCAAUCUAUGAAACUGCGAGCUAAUGCAAUGGAACAGCAUAUGAAUGGAUAUGUGUCUCUGACUAAAAAUAGUCGAGGAAAACGCCCUCUUUUCUCUGAGCAGCAAGGUGUGACCGACAACCCAGCUAUCAGUCCGAAGGAUCUCAGUAAUUGCAUGCAUGUACAAGUUCUUGAUACUUCUGCAUAUUUUUCUUCCCUGGAAAGCUCGAGCAGUCAGGAGCCACCUUUCGGGCAAAAUCCACCGUGUCUGUCAUUGGAAAAGCUAGGACAAGAAUUGGAUUUGUCAACACUGCUAGCCUUUGACACGCGUGAAAAUUUUUUCCCCUCACUUCCAAUUGCUCUACUACCACCACUAAAUGAAAAAGAUAUUGAAAUUUAUGGGGGGGAAGGAAAGAUUUAUGAAAUUUUUUAUGCAAAAGGAGCUCAACAGUUUACUGAUGAGGAUUUAAAUAUGUGGUUGUCAACAAUUCCAGGUACAAACAUGCAAGUAAUAUAUUUAUGUGUGCGUGUCUGUGCUCGAGCCGUGAGCAUGAACAAUCUGAAUAAUGAUGCUAAUGCUGAAGCUGUUGCUGAUGCUUGAAACUGUGGAAGGCACUUUCGCAAUGAGACAUUGAUCUUUAAUAGAUAAUUUCUGGUUUUCAUUUAAGCUGCUGCAUAUGGAACUUGAAUAAAGACAUGUUCAACACGAACGUUGUCUUUUGAUCCAUGUAGCCGACCCUGUCUCGGGGGAUAAGACUUAAUUGUUGUAGUUGUUUAUUGUAUAUUAUGAAACCUAAAUAGAGAAUAACAUUCAGUUAAUAUAUAUCGGUGUUCUUGGCCUCCAACUAUGAUUGCUGAGAUCAAUUGUAUGGUGCUUUCCCGUAAAGAAAUGUAGAUUUGUUUUAUUUUCUUUGGAUA